AUGACAACAAAAGAUACGCCGCUCCCAGCACACCUGGACCCAAAAACCUACCCGCGCACACAACAUGACGAAAGCAAAAACAUCCACCUCACCCUAACCUACAUGCCCCUCGACGCAACCAUCUACCUGUCGCAAACAUCCUCCCCCGCCGCCGGCGCAAACACCCUCUUCCUCGGAACAACACGAGACACAUUCGAGGGCCGCUCCGUCUCCCAGCUCAGCUACACUUCCUACCCGCCGCUGACCCUGAAGACGCUGAAGGAGAUCGCGGAGGCGGCCGUGGAGAAACACCAACUGCUCGGCGUUAGCAUUGCGCACAGACUGGGCGUUGUGCCGGUUGGGGAGGCUUCUAUUGCUAUUGCUGUUAGCUCGGGGCAUCGGGCUGCGGCUUGGAGGGCUGGAGAGGAGAUUCUUGAGGCCUGUAAAGAACGAGCGGAGAUUUGGAAGAGGGAGGAGUUUGUUGAUGGGGGAAUGGAGUGGAGGGCUAAUGCGGAUCGAGAUGCGGAGGGGAGGUUGCGGGUAGCUUCUUGA